AUGGUCCGGGAUCCGGCCCCCUCCCGGCCGGCGCGGCGCGGCGCGGGACAGAUUGGCUCCCAGCGGGCCCGCCCCUUCCGGGGCGACGUCACCGCCCCGCCCAGCAACGGCCCCACCUGGCGGAAGUGCGCUCACGACUUCCGCCUCAGCGAGGCGCCGGCUAGAGCGGCGCCACCGGCACCGGGCGCUCUAGGCGGACUUCCCGACACUGCGCGCCCAGACACGACUGAGCCAGUUUCUGGUCCGCUCCGGGCGGCGGUCAACGUGAGCACCCUGGCGCGGGGCACUGGGGUGCGGAGCCCCGGGCGGGGGCCCACUGCGAGCCGCUGGCUGAUCGCAUUGCUGUUGCUGCUGUUGCUGCUGCCGCUGCCCGCCGCCGCCUGGUACAAGCACGUGUCGAGUCCCCGUUACCACACGGUGGGCCGCGCCGCGGGCCUGCUAAUGGGGCUGCGCCGCUCGCCCUACGUGUGGCGCCGCGCACUGCGCCCGGCUGCCGGGCCCCUUGCCUGGGACGGCUUCGGCCUGGGCGUGUCCCCCCAGGGGCCAUCUGCCAGAAGCACCGUUUCUGGGGGGCCCGCCGCCCGCGAUGCUCUGUUGCUUCCCCCCGGAGUUCAGAAACUGUGGGAGGUGCGACGCAGAAGCUCCCGCGCAGGGCUCCCGGUGAGUGCGCCUCGCAGCCCGCGCGCCCCGAAGUCCGCGCCCCAACCGGAGCUGCGGCGGGGAUCCUACUCCUGGACCUCUGAAGAGCGGGCCAGAGCCUUCGGAGUGUCUCCUGCUCAGUCAUGGUCUGCGCAGGGAACCGCCUUCGCCAGCCCCCGCCUCUCCCCAGAGCCGUCCUGAUCGCAGCCCCUGCCCACGCCCCCACGCCUGACGCAGGCGGAAUGUCUUCUGCCAGCAGGCUGGCCAUCUGGUCAAUAAAA